AGAGGAGGAAUGAAAAUGCGGGCACACUUGAAGAAAGCGGGACUUGUUGGAAUACUCUUUAUUUUUACAUAUUUGUUUUACUUUUAUGCAUCCUUAAUCCGUUCUCCUGCUGUUCAUCGGAAGGAUAUAGAUCACAAAGAUGGCCUGAAGAGUCAGUUGGACAAGAUUCAAAAUACACUCCAGAAACUAACAAAAUUAAUUGAGGAUCGAGAAAUCACCCACAAGGAAGCUGAGGUACCUCAAACUGAGGCCAAACCGCAGAUAAAAACAGAGAAAUUGUAUCCAAAUUCUUUGCUUUUCACAAAAUGGGGAGAUGGUCUGUCAGAGAAGGAGCAGAGAGAGGCACAAGGGCUAUAUGAAAUCUACGGCUACAAUGCCUUUCUGAGCAACAGGCUACCACUGAACAGAGACCUGCCGGAUACAAGACACAGCAGAUGCCUCACCAAAGAUUAUCCCAAAGACUUGCCUUCUCUUGCUGUGAUUCUCAUCUACCUGAAUGAGGCUCUUUCUAUAAUCAAAAGAGCAAUCCGGAGCAUCAUUGACCGCACACCUAGGCACCUACUGAAAGAAAUCAUUUUAGUGGAUGACUAUAGCACCCACUAUGACCUUAGGAAUAUGCUACAAGAGUAUAUUGAUGAAAUACACACAGAAAGGCCUGGCCUCAUUAAGACGGUGCGCCAUCAAAAGCAAAUGGGACUGUCCCAGGCAAGAAUCUCAGGCUGGAAACGAGCAACUGCUGAUGCAGUGGCUGUACUGGAUGCGCACAUUGAAGCCACUGAAGGAUGGGCAGAGCCUUUGCUGGCCAGAAUUAAAGCGGACAGGACAGUGGUGGUGUCCCCUGUGUUUGAUAAAGUCCAUUUUGACGACUUGCAUGUGGAAAAGUAUUACUCUUUUGCCCACGGAUUUGACUGGGCAUUGUGGUGCAUUUAUGAGUCGUUUAGCCCAGAGUGGUAUAACGUCGGGGAUGAUUCACAGCCUGGGAAGAGUCCCUCUCUCAUGGGAAUUUUUGCAGCUGACAGAGUUUUCCUUGGGGAGAUUGGAGCACUUGAUGGAGGGAUGGAUGUCUAUGGUGGAGAGAAUGUGGAACUUGGGGUUCAUGUAUGGCUGUGUGGCGGCAGUGUAGAGGUGGUACCUUGUUCCAGAAUCGCUCACAUUGAACGCACUCAUAAACCGUAUGCCUUAGACCUCACCAUCCACAUGAAGAGAAAUGCCUUGAGGGUGGCAGAAACAUGGUUUGAUCAAUACAAAAAGAAUGUACUCAUUUCCUGGAACCUCCCUUUACAGGAUCAUGGGAUUGACAUUGGUGACAUAAGUGAGAGAAAGCAGCUCAAAAAGAAGCUGAAGUGUAAGCCUUUCAAGUGGUACCUGGAAAAUGUGUACCCUACCCUGGAGAUGUGGGAUAACAUUUUGGGAUAUGGGACUCUCAAAAACAGUCUUUUUGAGAGGUACUGUCUGGAUCAGGGACCUGUUCCAGGAACCAUUCCUUUGUUGUAUGAAUGCAACUAUGAACAGCCACAGCAUUGCUGCUAUAACACAGAAGGAGAAGUUAUAAUUGGAGGGAUAAAAUCACACACCUACAACAACAACCGGUGUCUGAUUGAUCCAGGAAGUGGCAGCACACCAUCACUGCAAGACUGCAAACUGGCAAGGUCCAAGAAACUGCACAUGCUCUGGGAUUUCAAACAAGGUGGACCGAUAAUAAACAGAAGCACAAAAAGGUGUUUGGAAAUAGCUCAGGGGGAGAGUCUCUUCUAUCAGCUCAUCAUUCAGCAGUGUAGUGGACAGAGCUGGAGUUUUGAACAUAUCAUCUCAGGCCUUUAGCUGCACAAAGUCACAUCUGUUACCCGUGAAGAAAACUCAAUGUUAAAAUCUUAACACAAAACAAGUUGAUCAGCAUUCAUUAGGAGUAUUUGUAACACUACAGCAUCCUGAUGUGUGCUUUCAUAUAACAAUAAAAUGCAUUGUGGUGUUUUUCAGGCUUUUUUAAAUUGUUUUCAAAAUAAAAUACUUAAAGGUGCACUAUGUAACUUUUCUGUUGGGGGAUCUGUCAUGUUUCUUGUUUCUAUCACAAUGUUUGAAAUUUUCCCCAGCAUUAUACCUGAUCUGCAUUUAUUCAAUUACUGCUGUUUUUAUUGCUCAGAAAUAAAAUGAUACACAAGCAUUCUCACUAGGCCUGCCACAAGAAAUAC